AACGCGAAAGUAAACAGACGAAGAGAAGAGUUCGGUGCAAACCGAAGCUAUUUUAACAAGUGAAUUAUCAAACAAGUAUUACUAGUGCGAAGUAUUAUCAAGAAGUCAAAAUGCCAGCUAUUGGAAUUGAUCUUGGAACCACCUAUUCCUGCGUCGGAGUUUGGCAACAUGGAAACGUGGAAAUCAUCGCUAACGAUCAAGGCAACCGCACGACACCAUCCUACGUCGCAUUCACGGACACGGAGCGGCUCAUCGGCGAUGCGGCGAAGAACCAGGUCGCUCUCAACCCCAGCAACACGGUGUUCGACGCGAAAAGGCUGAUUGGACGCAAAUUCGACGACCCCAAGAUCCAGGCAGACAUGAAACACUGGCCCUUCAAGGUGAUCAACGACUGCAGCAAACCUAAGAUCCAGGUGGAGUUCAAAGGUGAAACUAAGAGGUUCGCGCCUGAAGAAAUCAGCAGCAUGGUACUCACGAAGAUGAAGGAAACAGCCGAAGCCUACCUCGGGACCAGCGUGCGCGACGCCGUCAUCACUGUGCCGGCCUACUUCAAUGACUCCCAGCGCCAGGCCACCAAGGACGCGGGAGCCAUUGCCGGCCUGAAUGUACUGCGCAUCAUCAACGAGCCCACGGCCGCCGCGCUCGCCUACGGCCUCGACAAGAACCUCAAAGGCGAAAGGAACGUGCUCAUCUUCGACCUCGGAGGCGGAACCUUCGAUGUUUCAGUCCUCACGAUCGACGAAGGCUCCCUGUUCGAAGUGAAAUCGACUGCCGGCGACACACAUCUUGGAGGUGAGGACUUCGACAACAGAUUGGUGAAUCAUCUUGCGGAUGAGUUCAAGCGCAAAUACAAGAAAGAUUUACGCAUGAACCCACGCGCUUUGCGCCGCCUCCGCACCGCCGCCGAGCGCGCCAAGCGUACGCUGUCGUCUAGCACGGAAGCCACCAUCGAGAUCGACGCGCUGUAUGAAGGCAUCGAUUUCUACACGCGCGUUUCUCGCGCCCGCUUCGAGGAGCUCAACGCAGACCUGUUCCGCGGCACCCUCGACCCGGUGGAGAAGGCGCUGAAGGACGCGAAACUUGACAAGAGCCAAAUCCACGAUGUCGUCCUCGUCGGCGGCUCCACCCGCAUCCCGAAAGUGCAAAGCUUGCUUCAGAACUUCUUCUGCGGCAAGAAGCUGAACCUAUCCAUCAACCCUGACGAGGCAGUCGCCUACGGAGCUGCCGUUCAAGCCGCUAUCCUGACUGGCUCCACUGACUCGAAGAUCCAGGACGUCUUACUAGUGGAUGUGGCCCCCCUGUCACUCGGUAUCGAGACCGCCGGCGGCGUCAUGACGAAGAUCAUCGAACGCAACUCGAAGAUCCCAUGCAAGCAGUCGCAGACCUUCACCACGUAUUCAGACAACCAGCCGGCCGUCACCAUCCAGGUGUACGAAGGCGAGCGUGCGAUGACGAAGGACAACAACUUGCUAGGUACGUUCGACCUGACGGGCAUCCCACCGGCGCCGCGCGGCGUGCCCAAGAUCGACGUCACCUUCGAUAUGGACGCCAACGGCAUCCUGAACGUGUCAGCCAAGGAGAACAGCACAGGCCGCAGCAAGAACAUCGUGAUCAAGAACGACAAAGGAAGGCUGUCGCAGGCUGAGAUCGACCGCAUGCUGUCAGAGGCGGAGAGGUAUAAGGAGGAGGAUGAGAAGCAAAGACAGCGUGUGGCAGCUCGAAACCAGCUGGAGUCAUACGUGUUCAGCGUGCGACAAGCCCUGGAUGAUGCGGGAGAGAAGCUGAGCGAGCAGGAUAAGAGCACAGCCAGGAAUGAAUGCGAUGAGGCCCUGCGCUGGCUGGACAACAACACCUUGGCUGAGCAGGAGGAGUACGACCACAAGCUGAAGGAAGUCCAGCGCGUGUGCUCGCCCAUCAUGAGCAAAAUGCAUGGCGGCGGCCAGGGCGCGCCCGGCGGGAUGCCCGGCGGCAUGCCCGGCGGCUACCAGCAGCCCAGGAACGACGGGCCCACCGUGGAGGAAGUCGACUAAAGAGACACCAAACAUUUAGGUUCCUUUAAUUCCAUUCAAGUUCUUAAGUUUGUUGUUUAAUGUGAUAUUAAUUUAUAAGACUGAUAUUUAUUGAGUUUGCAACAGGUGAUCAUCUAUUUGGACGUUAAAUAAAUGAUAAUACUAAUUA